AUGGAACCCCAAUCAGGUCAUUACAUAUUCAGAUCACCAAUGGCUAGUGACGAUUCAGAAGACAUUCUUUCAUCAUCUUCUCUUUCACAAGACCCUAUUGAUACUAAAGACCAAAAUCAAGAUUUUAAUAAUGUAGUUCCCGUUAAAGCUGAAAUGUCUUUAUACUUUGAUCCUGCAGGUGAAAAAAAUGGCGUAGAGUAUAUGACUUGUAAAGCCUGUCAAGAAGCUCAUACCCGUGGUGAAUUGUCUCGUGUAAUGAAAAUAAAAAAUAAACAAGAAAAUCUAAGAAAACACCUUAAGGGAUGUAAAUUCUUCUGUGCUGAACAUGGACUUGAGGCAGUUGCAAAACCACAACGAUCUAAAGCUACUUCAUCAUUAAUGAGAACAGGAGAUGAAACUGGGCAACCAGUUAAAUUUCAUAACCCACCUGAAGGAUGUAAAAUGAUGCAAGUCAAAUACUCACGAAGGAUAGAAACAUUUGAUAUAACACCUGGUACAACUGCAGCACAAAUUGUAAAAGAUCUUAAAAUAGUUUUUGGUAUUGAAGAUGACUUAAAGUGUUUUUUAAGAAAAGAAAGUGUUUGUUUAUUAACUUAUUUUCUAUAA